AUCUGACUGCGUCAAUACUUUUCUUGUGUUCCGGAUGUUUGAAUAUUUUAUAAGAGUCGAAAUGAUUGGAAGUGGUGUUUAAGUGGAUUUCGAUUGGUGUUUGCCUACUUUAUAUGUUUCGCCGUCGUGACUGUAGUAUUCAGUGAUCAUCCACUUGGUUGUCCACAAAAUGCCCCGACGCGUAAAAGUGCACUUUGUAUCGCUAAAAUCAUCCCUGGUCAAUCUUCCAAUAUCAGUGUAUGGCCCUCUUCUCGAGAGACAGAUUCGUCCGCAAACACUUGCUGUUCACCUCAAACCCACCGAUGGCGAGGGACGAGAGGCCUAUGUUGGCUGGACUGGCAUGGCCUCUGCGUCAUCCCUUGCUUCAUUCAACUCUACCGCUGGUGCACGUGGAAUAGAGACUCUGGAGAUAGACCCACAGUAUGCGGCAGGCUUGGGCUUCAAGGAGGGAGAUUUGGUGGAACUAGGAUUAUUAUACGAUCUCCCAUACGCCAAGACAGUGAGCACUGAACCCCUCAGUGCAGACGACUGGGACGUAGUUGAACUACAUGCAGCGCACGUUGAAGGCACUCUCCUCUCCCAGGUGAGGGUCGCGAAUGUUGGACAAGAGAUCGAUGUUUGGGUGCUUGGGCGGACGAGAGUACGGCUAAGAAUUGUCGCGCUCGACACGCCUGCAACUACAGCAGCGCUGCUCACAACCGAUACCGAGGUUAGCAUCGCCCCAAAGUCGCAUAGGAAAUCGAAACUCGAAACCAAAGCUUCAUCUUCAACAAGCAUAGAGCCUGGAACAGUUCCAUCAACACAAGACAAACCCUCAUAUCCGUCCGAAAUCCUCCGAGCGCUUCCUGCCCGCCUUGUCAACUUCCCCGAAUCCAUUAUUCCACGCGAUGGCAAAACACGUGCAUAUAUUCAUCCUUGUACUCUAUCGCUCCUUACGGGUACUCGAUAUAUCCCGUUCGACACAAACCCUGACCCUCCACGCUCGGGUUGGUGGUGCGCGCAUGCGCGUCGGUUGGAGCCGCCCAAGGAUCCGACGGACAUCCUAAACUCCGGUACCGGUAACAACGCUAAUGCCAAGUCAAGUACUGAAGCUGAGCAGGAGGAUGGUGACGCACAGAUACUGCGCCCAGGAUCACAAAGAGAGGCAGGGGCAAAGAGAGAUGAAGGGAACGGAAAGGAUGGCUGGGAAGUGUGGCUGGGAAUCUCUGAUCGCGUUCUGGAGACUCAUGUGGUGUUUUUUGGUGAAGUGAAGGAUGGGGUGGAGGACUGGGAUCUCGUUCGGGUCUUGCUCACAGGUGUUCGUGAGGAUGGGCCCGCAAUAAAUGUGAACUUCGAUGAUCUCGCGUCCACAUCGUCCUCAUCGCCUUCACCUGCCGCAACAAUAUCGGCAGAACCAUCGAUUUCCCUAUCAGGCGUCACCGAUAUCCUCGAAGAUACGAUAAAAACUUGCGUUGCCAACUACGCCGUACAUGCUCGCAAGGACUUCGUUCGGGGAGGUCGUCAGGGUAUGGGUAAGACAUCAGUUGCGAAGGAGAUUGCUCGCAGACUAGAAGCAGAUGAACGCGUGUAUGCUUCCAUACAUUAUAUCGACUUCUCCGCGCUCGCAUCCAAGCCCGCUCAAACCCUCGGUGCCCUCUUUCGUCACCUCUUUGUACUAGCGCGAUGGCACAGCCCCUCCGUACUCGUCUUCGAUAACCUCGACAAAGUCUGUACUGCGGAAGUUGAACAAGCGGACUCCUUCCACCAGCGGCAUAUAACAGAGCUCUUCCUCAUGCACUACAGCUCCAACGCACGCCUUGCACCUUCCAACUUCCGUGGAAUCGUGCUCCUCGCUACAGCAGAGAGUCAGACUAGUGUGCACGCGUUACUGCACACGCUGCAUAUUUUCAAGGGUGUCGUGUCUAUCCCUCCGCCGGGAAGGGAGGCGCGGAAGGAGAUUCUCGCUAGUCAUGUGUCGCGCCGUCUUUCUAUGGCUAAGGAGCCAUUGACCUUUGUUAUCGAUGAGUCGGACCCACCGGAAUAUACUCGGCUCGCGGUGGAGACGGAGGGUUACUCCCCUGUAGAUCUGCGGGAUCUUGUGACGCGGACGAUACAGGUCGCUGUUGGACGGGCGGUGUCGGAAGCUGGCGUUGGCGUUGAGAAGGUGACGCUUUCUGCGAGAGAUUUCGUGGAAGCUCACGAGGGCUUUGUGCCUCUCUCACUGAGGGAUGUGCCUUUGCAAAAGUCGGACGUAGAGUGGGCUGACAUUGGCGGCUUGAAAGACACGAAAAUCGUGUUGAGGGAGACCCUUGAGUGGCCGACAAAAUAUGCUCAGUUGUUUAAGCAGUCUCCGUUGAGACUGAGAUCUGGGCUGCUCCUGUACGGCUACCCUGGUUGUGGCAAAACGCUACUUGCGUCAGCCGUCGCGAAAGAGUGCGGGCUCAACUUCAUCAGCAUCAAAGGCCCCGAGCUGCUGAAUAAAUAUAUUGGACAGAGUGAAAAAUCGGUAAGAGACAUCUUCGAUCGUGCAUCGGCUGCCAAACCCUGCGUGCUCUUUUUCGACGAGUUUGACUCGAUUGCACCCAAGAGAGGACAUGACAGUACUGGCGUAACCGACCGCGUUGUAAACCAGAUGCUAACCCAGAUGGAUGGUGCCGAGGGGCUUGAGGGCGUCUAUGUCCUCGCUGCAACGAGUCGACCAGACCUCAUUGAUUCUGCACUGCUUCGUCCUGGACGGCUGGAUAAAUCUUUGCUAUGCGAUCUGCCUGGUAUUGAAGACCGUAAAGAUAUCUUGGCUGCAGUAUCCCGGAAGCUAACGCUUGCACCAUCUGUGGACUUUGACGAGCUUGCACGCAUGACUGAGGGCUUCUCGGGCGCUGACUUGCAGGCGCUUGUUUACAACGCGCAUCUGGAGGUGGUGCAUGCUGCCAUUGAUGUUGAGAAGGCGAAUGGUGAUGACGGUGGUGUUGAUGUUGAGGUGGGCCGGAGGAGGGUUGGUGUUGGGCUGAGUGGUGAGACCCCGGUGAAGUAUGUGGUGCUGGGCGCUGGGAAGGAUGCAGCGAACACAACGUCCAAGGCAGAUGAGACGAAGAUGCAGCAGCGGCUGCAGCAAAUCAGGGCGUCGAAAUCUGGGAGGAUGGAUGCGGAUAGCAGGGCUGUGGUCACUCCUAAAAAGCACGAAAUCACUCAAGAGCAUCUAUUGAAAGUGCUUAAAACGACACGGCCAUCUGUUUCGCGUGAGGAACAGGAAAGGCUUGGGAGGAUAUAUCGAGCGUUCGUGUCGGAUCGGGGUGGUGGCGAGAAGACGUUCCCGACGCCGGGCGGUGAUAGUGGGGUGGGGAGUCGAGCGUCACUGGGAUGA